GGGGGCAAAGGAGGAGAGAAGAGGAGCAAAGGCAUCGGCAGGUGUUUGUUGCUGCUUGUGUACCAGCGGAAUAGCCCUAUAGCGAUAGUGUCUACGAGAACGGCACGGAGAGACAGCGCAUGAGUGGACCAGACUACGUGUACGCCAACGGGAACGGGAACGGGAACGGCAGCGCCAAUGGCGGCGGCAGCGGCGGCAACAGACGCCGCAGCUCGCACAAUGCAAACGGCCUCAGUGGAGGGGGACUUGACAGCGUGUACCAGCCGGUGAAUCUGUUCAACGGCGUGGAGAUCCAGAACAUCCUGCACAACAACUUCGAGCGGUACCGCUCGAAGGCCGCCGUCUACACGGAGAGUGUGGGCCGGGCUUCUGCCGGCGGCGGCGAAGCCGCUCGCCCCAGUGAGGAGCAUGAGUUCACGAUGGUGAGCUCCUCGAACAGCGGCGCCAACGCCAACACCGCCGCCACCGCCACCGCCACCGCCAACAGCUAUGGCGGCGAGCGGUACGGCUACGACCGGGCCGGCUACGGCGGCCGCAAGGGAAAGGACCUGUUGAGCGAGUUGAGCAAGAGCAUGAUGCACAUGCACCCCCACACGCACAAGAACAGCGCCAGCAGCGCCAGCAGCGCCAGCGCCAGCCACUACCACUACCACCACCACUACCAGCAGCAGCAGCAGCAGUAGUUGACGACCGCCAACCGUUGUUCUCGUCCAUGUCCUACGUAGCUUGUGUCGUCUUUGUACUCAACAUGUAUGUAGCAUCUGUUAUCGGCCUCGGUACGUCACUCUGGUGUGCGCUUACGUCAGCACGCGACUCCUCUCCGGGGCACGCGCCCUGUCCGAAAGGGGAAACGCCGGCGGCUUUGUUCGUGAGCAAAGCGAGCGGGCAGGAACGAAGGGCCGUCUGGCCCAGAGGGGCCGGCAGAGGGGAGGAAGAGCCUGUGCAGAGUUUUCUUCUGGC